GCACCGCGCACCGCGCCAUGGGGGCCGCGUCGGGCCGCCGGUGGCCGCGGCCGCCGCUGCUGUCGUUGCUGCUGCUGCUGCUGCCACCACCGCCGCCUGUGGUCCUGGCGCUCGACCCCGCGUUGCAGCCGGGGAACUUUUCCGCCGACGAGGCCGGUGCGCAGGACUUCGCAAAGAGCUUCAAUUCGAGCGCCGAGCAGGUGCUGUUCCACAGCACGGCCGCCAGCUGGGCGCACGACACCAACAUCACCGAGGAAAACGCGCGGCGCCAGGAGGAGGCAGCCCUAAUCAGCCAGGAGUUUUCAGAGGUCUGGGGCCAGAAGGCCAAGGCUCUGUUCGACCCAAUCUGGCAGCACUUCACCGACCCCACGCUGCGACGCAUCAUCAGUGCCGUGCGCACCCUGGGCCCUGCCAACCUGCCCCUGGAGGAGCGGCAGCAGUACAACUCUCUGCUAAGCAACAUGUCCAGGAUUUACUCCACGGCCAAGGUCUGCUUCCCCAACAAGACUGCCACCUGCUGGUCCCUGGACCCAGAGCUCACCAACAUCCUGGCGGCGGCGCGAAGCUACGCCCUGCUACUCUAUGCCUGGGAGGGCUGGCACAACGCUGUGGGCAUCCCGCUGAAACCCCUGUACCAGAAGUUCACUGCCCUCAGCAACGCGGCCUACAAGCAGGAUGGCUUCUCAGACACGGGGGCCUACUGGCGCUCCUGGUACGACUCCCCCACCUUCACGGAGAAUCUGGAGCACCUGUACCAUCAGUUAGAGCCCCUGUACCUGAACCUCCACGCCUACGUCCGCCGCGCACUGCACCGCCGAUACGGGGACAGAUUCAUCAACCUCAGGGGACCCAUCCCUGCUCACCUGCUGGGGGACAUGUGGGCCCAGAGCUGGGACAAAAUCUACGACAUGGUGGUGCCUUUCUCUGACAAGCCCAAUCUUGACGUUACCAGUACUAUGGUGCAGAAGGGAUGGAACGCUACACACAUGUUCCGGGUGGCAGAGGAGUUCUUCACCUCCCUAGGGCUCUUGCCCAUGCCUCCUGAGUUCUGGGCAGAGUCCAUGCUGGAGAAACCAAGCGACGGGCGUGAGGUGGUGUGCCACGCCUCCGCCUGGGAUUUCUACAACAGGAAAGACUUCAGGAUCAAGCAGUGCACGCAGGUCACUAUGGACCAGCUGUCCACGGUGCACCACGAGAUGGGCCACGUGCAGUACUACCUGCAGUACAAGGACCAACACGUCUCCCUGCGCCAAGGCGCCAACCCCGGCUUCCAUGAGGCCAUCGGGGAUGUGAUGGCGCUCUCCGUCUCCACUCCUGCACAUCUGCACAAAAUUGGCCUGCUGGACCAUGUCACCAACGACAAGGAAAGCGACAUCAAUUACUUGUUAAAGAUGGCACUGGAAAAAAUUGCCUUCCUGCCCUUUGGCUACUUGGUGGACCAGUGGCGUUGGGGGGUCUUUAGUGGGCGUACCCCCCCUUCCCUCUACAACUAUGACUGGUGGUAUCUUCGAACCAAGUAUCAGGGGAUCUGUCCUCCAGUUGUCCGAAACGAAACCCACUUUGACGCUGGAGCCAAGUUUCAUGUCCCAAAUGUGACACCAUACAUCAGGUACUUCGUGAGUUUUGUCCUGCAGUUCCAGCUCCAUCAAGCCCUGUGCAAGGAGGCGGGUCACCAGGGCCCCCUGCACCAGUGCGACAUCUACCAGUCCACCCAGGCGGGGGCCAAGCUCCGGGCACUGCUGCAGGCAGGCUCCUCACGGCCCUGGCAGGAGGUGCUGAAGGACAUGGUCGGCUCAGAUUCCCUGGACGCUCAGCCGCUGCUCAACUACUUCCAGCCGGUCACACAGUGGCUACAAGAGCAGAACCGGCAGAAUGGCGAGGUCCUGGGCUGGCCAGAAUAUCAGUGGCGCCCACCGAUGCCCGACAAUUACCCAGAGGGCAUUGACCUGGUGUCCGACGAGGCUGAGGCCAGCAGGUUUGUGGAGGAAUAUGACCGGAGAUCCCGGGUGGUGUGGAACGAGUAUGCCGAGGCCAGCUGGGAUUAUAAUACCAACAUCACCAAGGAGGGCAGCAAGAUACUGCUGGAGAAGAACAUACAGAUGGCAAACCACACUGUCAAGUACGGCACCUGGGCCAGGAAGUUUGACGUGACCAACUUCCAGAACGCCACCAUGAAGCGGAUGAUAAAGAAGAUUCAGGAUCUAGAGCGGGCGGCGCUGCCUGUCAGGGAGCUGGAGCAGUACAACCAGAUCCUGCUGGACAUGGAGACCACUUACAGCGUGGCCUCUGUGUGCCAUAGCAACGGCACUUGUCUGCAGCUCGAGCCUGAUCUGACACAUCUGAUGGCCACAUCCCGGAACUAUGAAGAACUGCUGUGGGCAUGGAAGGGCUGGCGAGACAAGGUGGGGAGAUCCAUCCUCCCAUAUUUCCCCCAAUAUGUGGAGCUCAGCAACAAGGCUGCCAGGCUCAAUGGCUACAAGGACGGAGGGGACUCCUGGAGAUCUAUGUACGAGAUGCCAUUCCUGGAGUACGAGCUGGAGCAGCUCUUCCAGGAGCUGCAGCCGCUCUACCUGAACCUGCACGCCUACGUGCGCCGGGCCCUGUAUCGCUUCUACGGGUCCGAGCUCAUCAACCUGGAGGGCCCCAUCCCAGCCCACCUGCUGGGGAACAUGUGGGCACAGAGCUGGUCCAACAUCUAUGACUUGGUAGUACCCUUCCCUUCAGCCCCCAGGAUGGAUGCCACAGAGGCCAUGAUAAAGCAGGGCUGGACACCCCAAAGGAUGUUUAAGGAAGCAGACAAUUUCUUCACCUCCCUGGGGCUGCUGCCCGUGCCCCCCGAGUUCUGGAGCAAGUCUAUGCUGGAGAAGCCGACCGAUGGGCGGGAGGUGGUGUGCCACGCCUCCGCCUGGGACUUCUUCAACGGCAAGGACUUCAGGAUCAAGCAGUGCACCACUGUGAACAUGGAGGACCUGGUGGUGGCCCACCACGAAAUGGGCCACAUACAGUAUUUCAUGCAGUACAAGGACUUGCCGGUGACCUUCCGGGAGGGUGCCAACCCUGGUUUUCACGAGGCCAUUGGGGAUGUGCUGGCCCUCUCAGUGUCUACCCCCAAGCACCUGCACAAGAUCAACCUGCUGAGCAGUGGGGACGGCAGCUAUGAGGAGGACAUCAACUUUCUGAUGAAGAUGGCGCUCGACAAGAUCGCCUUUGUUCCCUUCAGCUAUCUUGUGGACCAGUGGCGCUGGAGGGUGUUUGACGGAAGCAUCACCAAGGAGAACUACAACCAGGAGUGGUGGAGCCUCAGGCUGAAGUACCAGGGCCUCUGUCCCCCAGUGGCCAGGUCUCAAGGCGACUUUGACCCAGGGGCCAAGUUCCACAUUCCUUCAAGCGUGCCAUAUAUCAGGUAUUUCGUCAGCUUCGUCAUCCAGUUCCAGUUCCACGAGGCGCUGUGUCAGGCGGCGGGCCACAAGGGCCCCCUGCACAAGUGCGACAUCUACCAGUCCCAGGAGGCCGGGAAGCGCCUGGCCGACGCCAUGAAGCUGGGCUUCAGUCGGCCGUGGCCCGAAGCCAUGCGGCUCAUCACGGGCCAGCCCAAGAUGUCGGCCGCUGCCAUGAUGACCUACUUCAAGCCGCUGCUGGACUGGCUCGUGACCGAGAACACGCGGCACGGGGAGAAGCUGGGCUGGCCGCAGUACAACUGGAUGCCAAACUCAGCUCGCUCGGAAGCCUCCUUCCCGGGCUCCGGCCGUGUCAGCUUCCUGGGCCUGAACCUGGAGGAGCAGCAGGCCCGCGUGGGCCAGUGGGUGCUGCUCUUCCUGGGCGUCGCCCUGCUGGUGGCCACCCUGGGCCUCGCCUACCGGCUCUUCAGCAUCCGCCACCACAGCCUCCACCACCCCCACAGGGGGUCCCAGUUUGGCUCCGAGGUGGAGCUCAGACACUCCUGAGAUGAGGGCUGGGCGGGCCUGCCGGGGAAUGCGCCACCGGGAGACCCAGGGACCGGGAAGGCCCGGGGAUGGGCUGAGGACCCGCCACUGCUCUCAAGGCUCACCCCAGCCCUCCUCCCCCUUCC